AUGGCCCGAUUCAACAGCUUCCACACGGCACUCGCCACCAUCGUCGCCUUCGCCGGAGUUGUUGCGUCUCAGGCACCCAUCACUUCUUGUCCAACUCAAGUCAAAACCUCUACUGGCUCUAGCGGCGCUUCGUAUGCGAUAUGCGCAGGCACGGAUUACCGGGGCCCAUCCGCCCAAGUCCUUCAAGAUGUUGGAACUAUCCAACAAUGCGUACAAAUGUGCGACGCUCAGAAAGGGACAUGCGUCCGCGCCGUGUACGACAAUGAGAACGCCAUUUGUCACUUCAAAUCCAACCAGGCCGGUGCUCUCACCUGGGUCCAAGAUUCCCAAUUCAGCACCAUCGUGAGUGGCGGUUCCAGGGCCGGGGCUGGGGCCGGACAAGGGGCGCCGCCUCCCACCAACCCGGGAACUGGUUCCACUGGCACGGCUCUCGCCCAGUGUCCCACUGGGGACCAGGCGCUCAACACCGUCACUGGCGCCCAAUUCCUGAUCUGUCAAAAUACCGACUUCCGAGGAGAUAGCGCUUCUGUUACGCCUGCCGCAAGCACUGAGUCCUGUGCCGAGCUGUGUUCCCAGACGGCAGCGUGUACGAACGCCGUGUUUGACAAGACGAACUCGGAAUGCCACGUCAAGGCCGACCCUACGACAACAACACUGACCUGGGUGAGGGACCAGCAGUUUGAUGUUAUUCGGUUGAACAUGGGGGCGCUGGGUGGUGGAGCUUCCACGGGUGGUGCUGGAUUUGUCCCGACGCCGGCCGCGCCUGCGAAGCAGCCACCGCCUAAACAGCCACCACCUAAGCAGCCAGCGCCUGCUCCUCAACCGAAACAGAACCCGGAUCCGAGCGUGGAUCCAGCCUUGAUCGGGUUCCUGCUUGGAGGUCUGGGGGCACCACCGCCGCCUCAGCAACCUCCACCUCAGCAAGCUCCUCCUCCUGGCUUUGCGACACCGCCACCGCCGACGACGGCCCCUCCGCCGGGCUUUUUCGGCAUACCAUUCAUCAAGCGGGAGAGUUCUGUUAGUGAAAGUGCUGGCAAACCGAGGGAGAGGAGAGUGGCUCGCAAGUUCGUGGCGUAG